CUUAAUAUACAAGUCUUGGAGCAGUGCUGAGUCAAGAAUACGUACAACUCAUCUAACCAACUACUGUAUCGAGAGUUGUUGGCCUGCAAACCUUUUGAUCAGUCUUCAGACAUACAGAGAAGAUGGAUUUCACCUCAACUUACAGUAAUGACAAGAAGAAAACAACGAAGCAGUCGAUGCUACUUUGUUGUAAGGUAUACAUUUCCGAAUCAAGAAACAAAGAAGCCCUGGAUUCGAUCGAACGAGGCGCCAGGAGUGAGCCCGAAACGGUCAUAGUGAACAAGUUCAUGGACAAUGAUUACAACAGAGUAGCAUACACUCUUGUCUCAUAUGUUGCUCAUGAUAGCAUAGGGUGUCCAAUUUACACCCCUUUGCAGCAAAGUGUUGUAGCCAUGGCCAGAGCGGCUUACGAGGCCAUAAAUCUGGAGUCGCAUUGCGGAGCCCAUCCUCGUCUUGGUGUUAUCGAUGACAUUGUUUGCCAUCCGUUGGGUCGGGCUUCAUUGGAUGAAGCAGCAUGGCUUGCAAAGACCAUUGCAUCCGAUCUUGGGAACCGAUUUCAAGUGCCGGUGUAUCUAUAUGCCGCAGCACACCCAACUGGGAAGACAUUGGAGACCAUCAGACGUGAACUCGGCUAUUACCGGCCCAACUAUAUGGGGAACCGGUGGGCCGGUUGGGGCCAACCGGAAAUCCUUUCUGAGAAACCUAAUGAAGGGCCAGAAAUGGCGUCCCGCACAAGAGGGGUUGUGAUGAUUGGUGCUCGUCCAUGGAUUGCCACUUAUAAUGUGCCCAUCUUGUCCACAGAUGUCUCCGCAGCUAAGCGACUUGCACUGAUGGUGAGUGGUCGAGGUGGUGGCCUGCCAACCGUGCAAACACUUGGGCUGGUGCACGGUGAGGAUACAACGGAAAUAACUUGUAUGCUGCUGGAACCCAACCAAAUUGGAGCCGACCGGGUCCAGAAACAGGUCGAAAUGCUGGCAGCACAAGAAGGGCUGGAUGUGGAGAAGGGCUAUUUUACUGAUCUUUCUCCAGAAAUGAUCGUGGAAAGAUACAUGAAACUGAUUUCUGCUGACUCUUCUUGAAUUAAUUGUUCGCAGGCUGCGAUUUAGCUGCUGAAGCUCAUCAGUCUGUAUUCUCCCUCGAGUUCUCUGUAUGUCUGUGCAUACGUGUGUAUUUGAUUACUUAAACAAUUGUAGCUUCAGCAGUCAUAUAAGGCUUACUCCAA